CACUCUCCGUCUCUCAGCCUUUCUAUCCGCCGCGCCCUAUCUUUCUUUCGAUUUCAGCCCAGUCCGGCGGCCCCGUCCCUGAUACAUACACCAACGCCAACGCGCGCUCCGGAAGAGAAGGGAAAAGAUAUAGAGAGGGCCAUUCAGAUCCAAUGAAAAGAUCCGUCCUUUCGAUUCCCAUUGAUUGUUAUUAUUCGUCAUCAUGCACCAGGUAUGUCCAGUACCCAUCGAGAUGAUCCGCCCCAAUCGAUCUCCCGUGACCGUAAUGCGCGCGGGAAGGAAAAAAAGAGGAAACACCAGCAGUCGCCGACCAGUCGACUCGACGACUGCAUCACAGGGCACAUGAAUUUACCCACAUUUCGUCAUACGCCCGGUUCCUCCUCCAUCACCUGCCUGGGCGUGCGCGCGCGCGCAAAUCCUCCCCGCCUGCGCCUGCGCCUGCUGGGACGGACUGGGACUGAACUGUACUGCACUGUACCGUGUCGUCGUUGCGCGCGCGUCGUCACGCAAAAAAGGGGGGGGGGUCUCUCGCUGCCGCCCGCCCACCGGUCCAGCAUACAUACAUGGGAAUUAUUCAAAAAUUUCAAGGCGACGGCGCGCAGGGCCAGAGCGUCGAUUCGCGUCCGUCCCUGUCGCGACGAAAGGACAAGAAGUUUCUCCUAGGCGAUGGGUGUAUACAGUGACCAUACCGCGCCGAACUGGACUGGGCUGGACGAGUGUGCAGUUUGCUCUUUUGCGCGCCCCGUCUCUGUCCCGGUCAGAAGUA